AUGAAGAAACAAGGGACGGUCCAGGUAAAAUCAGCUAAUGUCGCCAGGGUUGUCAGGAGGAGCCGACGUUAUAUUAGACACCUCAAGUGGUCAACUUUUGAAUCCUUUGAUGAGUCCAGGGAAUUUCUGGCCACUAUCAUUGAUGACAGUUUACGAGGUGGUCUGCAUGUAGGGUGCUAUGUAAUUCAGACAGAUGGGAAGGAAGGUUCUCCUGAUCUUCCAAUAUGGAUGGUGACAAGCCGUGCUGGAAGCUCUGGAGUGACAGCAAAGACCAAUGCAGAUUUGUGGAUGAUGGAUCCCAAUGAAGGGACUCGUGGAAUUGAUCUUAACAAUCCACCUCCAGACAAUGGGGAUGAUUAUUUUGAAACACAAGAGGAAAUUGUAGCUGCAGCUUCUGUUAGACAAGAGGGUGUUGACCUUGAAGCCACAACAGAUACUCAACCAACAUUUGAAAUUGGUAUCACAACACGGGACUUGAUUUCAAGUCUUGAUAGCAGAAGUAUUGAAAAUGUAACAUUUUUGUGUUAGUAUCAUAAGAAAUUGAUCAAAAUUGGUAUAUAAGUUGCAUGAGAGAAAAUUUACAACCACGAAGAACAAAAACCACAUCCCGCAUUGUCUGUUAGAAACUACAUCAUGC